AUGACAAUCCACAUUUCCAGCCAUCCUUGUCUCCAGACAAAGCUCUCUCAGCUACGCUCCCAUACCACCACCACCCGCGAAACCCGCGAGCUCGUCACCGAGAUCUCCACCAUCUUGGGCGUUGAAGCUCUAGCCAGCUUAUCUGCGGUUCCGGGGAAGAAAGUGAGUCUACUUGAUUUGAUCUCAAUGAAGAUGCUAAUCGAACAGGACAAAACACCCCUAGGAAUCGAAUAUGAAACCCGCGAAAUCCCCACCAACCUGGCCAUCGUCCCGAUCCUCAGGUCGGGAUUGGGCAUGACCGAUGCACUCACCUCCCUCCUCCCCACCCCAGUCCCAAUCUACCACCUCGGCCUCUUCCGCGAACGCUCCACUCUCCAACCCGUCGAAUACUACAACAAUCUCCCCUACCACCGCCACACCUCCACCACAACCCCGACCCCAACAGCUACCAACAUCGCCGCCGCCGAAACCGCCAUUCUGCUCGACCCGGUCAUCGCCACGGGCGCCACCGCCGAAGCGGCCAUCCAUCUACUGCGGGAGUGGGGCGUGAAGCAGGUGAUUAUGAUUAGCGUGCUUGCGUCCGAGGAGGGGGUAAAGAGAGUGCAGGAGAGCUGGGAUGGGGGUGUUGAGGUUUGGGUUGCGGGCGUUGAUGUUAAGUGUGAUGAGAGGGGGAUGAUUGUGCCUGGGUUGGGGGAUAUUGGGGAUCGGUUGUUUGUUGCUGUUGGGAAGUGA